AUGGAACUCGCCCAUGUCAGACUGAGAAAACCUCAGACAAACAUGUCCCAAGCUGAAUUAUCAGCAAUACGCAAACUCAAAAACAACCCAUCUGUUGUUAUCAAGCCUUACGACAAAGGCCGAGGCAUUUGCAUCAUGAACCGUGAGGACUACCUAAACGUUGGUUUCAAACACAUCAGCUCCCACCACUAUGAAAAAGUAGACAGGGAUUUGACUCACGAAACCGCACUCAAGGUACACAGCGCCCUCACCGACAUGAUAAGAAACAAACACAUCGACAAACAUACCUUUGCCUAUCUUGACCCACUUGAACAACCCACGAACUGCCCUACCAUGUAUUUUCUUCCGAAAAUACACAAGACUCCCCCACCGGGUGAGCCUUUUGUCGGUAGACCCAUCAUCAGCGGUUGCACGAGUCCAACAGCCAAGAUAUCCGAGUAUGUGGAUUACUUUCUCCUUCCAAUAGUAUCCGCCCAACCCACUUAUGUCCGUGACACCACAGACAUCUUGCGGAAACUAGAAAAGGAAACCUUCCCACAAAACUCACUCCUCGCAAGCAUCGAUUUAGUUUCCAUGUAUACCAACAUUCACCAGGCAGAAGCCAUUGAAUCAGUAUGCAAAGCCUACGAAAAAACCAACCACAACUACGCCAUAACCAAACCCCCUUCAAAACACAUCCGCACUCUCCUGGAACUCGUUCUGGGCCGCAACUAUUUCCAGUUCGGAGGAAAUUUCUUCCGACAAAAAAUAGGAUGUGCAAUGGGAUCUGUGGCUAGUCCAGAAAUUUGCGACAUUACGUUACAUGAUUUUGAGUUACAAAUCUCAGCCCUCACAGACAGAAUCCUGUUCUGGGCAAGAUUUAGAGACGAUAUACUUAUCGUCUACAACGGCCAACUCGAAUCCUUCACCCAUUUUGUUCACCAGUUGAAUCAAUUGCAUCCCACCCUCAAAUUCACAUUUGAGGCAUCUGAAACUUCCAUCACAUACCUGGACCUUACCAUCAUUAAAGGCCCGCAUUUCCUCUCCACGGGUACCCUAGACACACGAGUGUUCACGAAACCUACGGAAACAUAUCAGUACUUGGAAAGAACAUCAUCCCAUCCAAACCAUGUGUUCCAAGGUUUUAUCAAAGGAGAAAUCCUACGAUAUGCCAGAAACACAAACAAUGAGGACGACUUCUUACAAAAAGUACAAAGUUUCGAAGAAAAACUACUGAAGAGAGGCUACAAUCAAGCCGAUAUUCACAAGUGCAAGCAAUCCAUCGAUUUCUCACAAAGGAAAUCUAUGAUUCACACAGAACAAGUGAAAACCCAAAAAGAACUUCCCCUCGUCUUCACCACGACUUACAACCCCCAUGUAAAACACAUGGACAUCAAGCGUGCUCUCUCCAGACACUGGCAUCUUAUCUCAAGCAACCCAACUUUAAAGGAAGUUUUCCCGAAACCUCCUCUAGUUGCCUAUAAGAUAGCUGAGAACAUCAAGAAGAGACUUGUCAGAGCCAAACUCAGCCAUACGGAAGAUAACCAAUCCUCCACAACUGAGAACGAAGAUAACACACUUGAUAUCCUAAUUUCACUAUUGGAUGAACAAAUCCCAUCCGAAUGA